AUGCCCCGUAGCACAGUCCUUGUUGGUCCGGCUGUCUGUAUUUGUCUUCAAUUGUGUUUCCUUACUGCUGUUUGGCCUCUACCGGUCGAGAAGCAGUCAUCUAGUGUUCAUGCCCGCCAGACAUACCACGGCCAAAGAUGCGGAUUUGUUGGUAACAGCGACAUAUAUGGUCUGGGCAUCCGUCUCGGAACAUAUCUGCAAUGGGUCGCUGCUUUGAUAUCGAAGCAGUAUCUGGCUACCAGCAGAGCAGAAGUCCUACGUGAAUUGCUGGAUGUGAACAACAUCUUUUGCCUCGCCAUCUUUGUGGCUACUCUGCUCUUACAGACUCAAGGUGCCAGUAAUAGCAAUGGUCCAACUCGUGCAAUCGAAAUUCUGAUCAUGCUCCAUAUCUUCUUUGGCAAUACUUACAUUGUUUCCUAUGAGCAGUUACUAAAGGGAAAGCACUUGGGCUCGCAGACCUUCCUAGGCAUCACGUUCAUGACUCUCAUAACAGCCGCUAUGAGCUCCUACGCCAUUUACUUUUGGUUCUUUGGUCUGAAGUAUUUUCCUGCCACAGGCUGCAGCACUUUCGCUUUCUUAUUUGCUAAGGUGGAUUUGUUCGGUCCGGCAAGGACCUUUUUCAAGAUUGCUGCUGUGCUUAACAUGAUCCCUUGGGGCGUUGGUGCUGGAGCUCAGCUUUUCUUCAGCGUGCCCAUGCUGUUAUACGGCGUCUUCGACUCAUUAAUAGUCAAUAUGAAUCAUUAUGCGAGAUGGAUGGCAAACUGCCUGCCCUGGUCGAACAUCGACGUGCUGGCACCCUGGCGUCAGAGCAAUCACGGGCACCUGAGGUUCACACUCGGUAUCUACGCAACAAUACUAGGCGUCCCAAAAGGCGUAGAAGGAGCUCUGAAAACAGCGGAAAGUGAUAACAUCAUCGUGUAA